AUGACAAUUUCAUCGACAAAAAGUGUCAAUGAUCUGGUUCAACUGCUGUUAUGUCAACAAGUUGCUCUCGAUGAUGUCAAGGAAAAAGAUAUUGAUUUGUUAUUGUCAAGGUAAGUAUUAGAUUUUGUUUCUAAUGUUUAAAUAGUAAGUUAUAAGAUUAAUUUGUGAGUAACGGAUGAAUAAAGAAUGAGGUUGCGCCACGUUGGGUGUUGUAACGGAUCAUUCUCAAAAUUUUGAUCAUAACUUCUUUCAAAAUAUAGCUACGGACAAGAAAAUUUUUAGUCAUUUAAUAUAUGUGUUUUUAACUGAAAAUAUAUUGAAACUUUUAAAUUUGCUUUUGCUUUUGAACUUAAAAUGCUUUUAAGUUAACAUGGAACAUUUUAUAUAGGUACAGUAUGGAACAAAGCCUGUAAAUUAUGAAAAAAUGGGAAUUUUAUGACUAUUUUAGUUUUAUAAGUCGGCAAAGGGUAUAAACUGUAUUUGAAAAGGCAAGUGAGAAUGUGAAAUACAUAUUGAAAGCAGUUAUGAUUAAAUCAAUGUGAUUUUUUACUUUUUCAAGAGUUUUUUUAAUGUAAAAGAUGUACUUUGUGGUCUAAAACGUAAAGGAAUGAUAUUUUUAAGUUAUGUAAUAAGCUAAUUAAUUUUUAGUUUUUCAACAUAUCCUGAUCAUGCUUAUGGGUACGAUCCAUUAAAAGUGAUAGCUGGGACGGAGAGUUUGGAGGAAGUACCUUGUGAACGCGAAGAAGUAAAUUCUGAAGAUACAAAAAUAGCUAGUAAAAAAGAAGAAGUAACGUUUGAAGAUGCAACAGUAAAUUCUGAACAUGAAUCAAUGACAGUGGAACACAAAGGAGUAACUUCUGAACAUCAAACAGCGAUUUCUGAGCAAAAAGAAGUAACCUUGGAACAUGAACCAGCAUUUUCGGAAUGUAAAAGUUCUCAAUACGAAGCAGUAACGUUUGAAGAUGAACCAGUAGCUUCUCAAAAUGAAACAAUGGUAAUUGAGAAGGAAAAGGUGACUUCUGAACAUCAAAAAGCGACUUCUGAACAAAAAGUAACUGUUGAACAUGAACCAGCUGUUUCAAAGUGUGUAACUUCCCAGUAUGAAGCACUAGCUUCUAAAGAUGUUGCGGUGACUGGUAAACAUGAAACAGCGGUUUUGGAAGAUGAAGCACCAUCUUCUGAACAUAAAGAAUUAAGUCCAGUACGACAAUCAUUUAGUUCCCCAAAUUCAUCACAGUUGUCGAGUUCAUCAACUGAGAUUCCAGUUCUGUCACGCCAAGUAUCAUCUUCACCAAGAUCUUACACAUCUAUGGAAACGGCAAUUCAGGAUGAUUCAAUGAUGGGUAAUAUCGAAAAUGAACCUCCGUUUACACAAACGGAUGAAGUCAGUUUAUCGACUACGAAGUAGGUAUAUUUGGUAGAUUUGUUGGGUAUAGGUUCAUAUACUUACAGGGUGGUUUAAUGGUUAAAAGGAUGGCAAUGAUAGGAAGUAGGGUGGAUAUCUUGAAAGUUUUUGUAAAUUUGGUAACUGUUUGUUUGGAUUAAUAAAAAUGUUUUACAGUGCAUCAUCGACGUCGGAGAUGGACGAAGAAUCAUGGUCGAAAGAGCCAAGCGACAGCUCUUAUCAAGAUUCUCUGAAUUUGGUAUGUUUUACUUGUAAAUUUUUAAUACAUCACAUUCUACGAAACAAAGUGAAUUUUCGAUACCUUAACUUCAACAUAACCGAAUUUUUGAUAUCUAAACGUAAAAAUAAUCACUAUUUCUUAAUUGUAAUAUGUUACAUUUAGGACCGAUCCCUCCAGCCAUCCUUAUCAUCUUCUUUUGUGUCUACACGAUCAUCUUCAAUCAUGUACGACUCUGUUGACCUGGCUGAUUUACAGGAAUUGAAGCCUCAAGCAGUGAUUGGCAGGAUUUGCGAACUGAGAAAGCAAGGUAAAUGGAGUUUGACGAGACUACCUUUAUGUUUGGAAGCUCCUCGACGAAAAGUUCAUUACGAUUAUCUUCUUGAGCAUGUUCAGAUGAUGGGCUUGGACUUUCAACAAGAACGACAAUUGAAGCCGAAGGUAGCUAAGAUUGUAAGUUCAAUGUUAUUAUAAAGCGGUCAAGAAGUUUAUAGCGUUUUUUGUUAUUGUUAGGUUGGUCAAGAGGUUUUUAGAGCGUUUUGAGAUGUUGUUGUUGGGUAUAUAGUUGAUAGGCUUCAGUUUUGUGUUGUUUUUGACCAUUUUUUCAAUAUUUUUAUUAUUUUUAGAUAGCAGAAGAAGCUGCAGAUCUGGUAAGAAGGAAGAAGUACCAGGAGAAUAUGCUUUUAUUCGAACCCGGAGCCAAGAGAUACAGAUAUAUUUAA